CAACACUAUGCUAAACACUGUAAUACCAAUCCGGUAAUUCGUCCACGUUUGUCAAAGACUAAAAAAGACCACAGAAAAGAGUAGUAGUUUUUCACACUCGCCGGAGCAAAACACCAACUCCCAAGAGGAAGAGAGACAGAGAGAGGAGAUGCCGAAGAGGACGACGCACACCUACUCGAGUGAAGAUGCAGUACCUGACGGUCCUGACUCUGAGCUCUUCGUCUACUAUUGCAAGCAUUGCGGUUCUCACGUCCUAAUCACUGAUACCCAGUUGCAGAAAUUGCCGAAGAGGAAAACUGACAAAGCAUAUGUACUUGACAAAGAGAAACAUCUAGCAAGGCUAAACAUCAGUGAAGCCGGGAAAGUUAUGCUGAAGCGAGGAGAAGGGAAGCUGGAGAAACAGUACAGAAUGAAUUGUUUAGGUUGUGGGCUUUUUGUUUGCUAUAGAGCUGAAGAAGAUCUGGAACAUGCAUCUUUCAUAUACAUAACUGAUGGCGCACUCAGCACUGUUGCUGCUGAAACCAACCCACAGGAUGCUCCUGUGCCACCAUGCAUAUCACAAUUGGAAGGUGGGCUUGUUCAGGUUGCAAUAGAAGUAGAAGACCGUGCAUCACGUUCAGCAAUUACAAGAGUUAAUGCUGAUGAUGUAAGAGUAGCCGUAGCUGCACCUGCUGCACGCGGGGAAGCAAAUAAUGAGCUUCUGGAAUUCAUGGGGAAGGUUUUGGGUCUUAGGUUGAGUCAGAUGACUCUUCAGAGAGGAUGGAAUAAUAAAUCAAAGCUCCUUGUGCAGCUCUGCUACCAGUUGCUAAUCGCUCUUUUUAAUGGACUGUCGGAUAUAAAAGAACUGCAUUUCUGCAAUCAUAAUGAUAUUGAUGGUGGAAGAUCUCACCGCAAGACAAGUAUAUGAGAAGCUAUUGGAAGCUGUUCAUCCAUGAGCAAGUUGGCAGUCUUGGCACCCUCACUGAAGUGUAUUCUAAUGUAUGCCAUUGGCAAUUGUACAAUAUUCUUACAAUGAUACUUUUAGGCUUCAAAUACGAUUUUUUAGCACAAGUUUGUUCUUGGGGUUGUGUGAGGCUAUAACAUGGUUUCUGGUCCAUAUUCACGGCAGAGUGCUUUCAACGAGACACUUUCAGCUCUCUGGAUUUAUACUGGAAACAACUCUUGCACUUGAA